AAAAAAUCGGUGUUGUGUCAGCUGAAGAAUUUUGAUACGUUGUGUGUGUACUUUACCCCAAAUGCUCCUGCUCGCCGUUCGUAUCAUUUAUUUGCCCGUGUGUCCCACGUAGCGCCCGACGGCCGGACGCGGAUUGCCUGGUUUAGUUUCUGGCUGAUAAGAAACCGGUGCUGUGUGUGUGCUGUAUUGUAAAAGAGUUCCGAAAAAAUCAUUCCACCCGGCUGCUGCACGGAGUUCCAGUGCUCCGUCAUCAUUGUCUCUUCGUGGACGUGCGUGUGUGUGUGUGUUUUGUGUUUUGAACGGGACGGGCAGGGUCAUCCCGUUCCCAACAAUAUGUGCCAAUGGCAAAGUCUACCUCGGGAAGUUUCGAUCUGAAGGAACCACCGCCUUGGCAAAGCUGCCAGUACUGCCUUUCCCCCGUCUCGGCCCGGCCAGCUGAGCAGCCCAGCAGCCAGGACCAGCAGCAGCAGUCCCAACAGCAACAGCAGUUUUUGUUCAAAAAUACCAACGAGUUUGUGAGACACCUUCGCCAGCAGCACUGCACGGUGGAAGGUGGCUCGUACGUGUGUCGCUAUGGUUACAACGGUGUGUGCGCGUCGCUACCGUUGGACGGUGUGAGCGAUCGCGACUACGACACGCACGUCACCCGGUGCCACGUGCAGGCGCAGCAGAAGGAGCCGCACGUGAAGUGGUCGGUGUUUUCCGCCGCCCAAAACCUGCCCGCCGUACUGAACGACCCGAGCCGGGGCAAGCAGACGAACUUCUUCACCAAGAAAUGGGGCGACAGCUUCGUGGAGGGUGCGUCGAUCGGGCCGUCGCCCCGCCUCGCCGACAUCCGGUGGGACCAGUUCGAUGCGUACCUGAAGCGCAUCGGCAAGCGGUACCGGGUGCACACGCGCAUCGCGAACGUGCCGACGGCGAACGCCACUAGCCAGCAGGCGCUCGUGAGCGACCGACUGCCGAACGGGGCCACCGCCAGCCUCAGCGACAUCCCGGAGGUGUUCCUCAAGCAGCACCUGGAGCUGCACCGGCCGGCCACGUUUGCGGCCGCGUUUGCCGGCAUCGGCACCGAGGGCGGCGAGCAGACGCGCCAAUCGAGCCGCCAGCUGCAGGAGCGGCUCAGCCACUACCUGGACAUCGUGGAGGUGCUGAUCGCCAAGCAGGUGGCGGACAAAUCGUCCGCCUUCUUUCACGCGAUGACGUCGCAGGACGCCAUCAUGGAGCAGAUGACGCAGGCGCUUGCGAAUGUGCAGCGAUUGCGCGCCAAGAUUGCGCAGAUCGACGACAUGAUCGUGCGCGAGUCGCUGCAGGUCGUGCGAGCGGAGCGCAUCCGCUCGAACAACAAUCUCGUGCUGGAGAAGCUAAAGCUCAUGUCGACGGUGCACCAGACGCAGCCGAUGAUACAGCUGCUGCUCAGCACGCAGGACUACGUGGCGGCGCUGGAUCUGAUCAGCACGACGCAGGAAAUACUCGGCCAGGAGCUGACCGGGGUGCACUGCUUUCGCCAUCUGCCUUCCCAGCUGUGCGAGAUGGAGCUGCUGAUCGACAAGAUGCUCAAGACGGACUUUGAGCGCUACUCGACGGCGGAUUUGAACCGGCCCUUCCGCGCGGCGGCCACUGGGGAGGAGCGCGUGCUCGAGGAGGACAAGCUGAUCUGCAUCAUUUCGGGGCUGCUGCGGAAGCGCAGCCUGGACUUUAUCGACACGUACCGGGACGAGGCGAUCACGACGGUGCGGGCGAUUGUGAAGCAGCUCGUGAUCGAGGUGAUUGCGUCGGGCGAUGCGGAGGUGUGCCUGACGGGGGCCGGCGAGGAGGCGCAAAGCUUAUCGCUCUCGGAGUGGAUUGUGCUGCUGGAGGGUGCGACGGGGACGCUGCUGAAGCUGCUGCGCCGCAUACGGGCGGUGCACGACGUGAUGCAGCAGACGGCCGACGCCAGUGCCGGCCGGCUGACGGACGAUGUGAGCUUUAUCGACACGGAAGCGUUCCUGUCCGCGGCGGACUAUGCGGUGGUGCAGGGCAAGCUGGCCAAUCUGCUGCAGAGCGUGUGCAACUACUGCCACGAACGGUGCGCCAAUCUCGUCUCGAACCAGAGCCUGGAGCGGAGCGCCGUCAGUGCGGAACAGAUUGCACAGCUGGCGCAGAUUGUGGAGCGGUUCGCGGACGGUUGCCAGGCGGCGUGCGGUGUGCAGAGUGCCCCACUGAAGCUGGCCCUCUGUGCGCAGGGCAAUCGGUUUGCGCAAAAGUUCCACACGGAGCGUAAAUCGAAGCUGGCGCUGUUGCUGGACAGUGAGCGCUGGAAGCAGGCGGAGGUGCCGGCCGAGUUUCAAACGAUGAUCGAUUGCAUCGCGCGCGGCGAGUUUCACUGGAGCAAACCGGCGCUGAAUGGGCAUCAGCAGACGAACGGGGGCGGUGCGGCUCCGCCACCGCCCCAGUCCGUGCUGAAGGUGGAGGGCGAACCGUUUGCCCUGGUCGGUGCAGCCCUGCUGCUCGUGCAGAUCGUUAGCGAGUACUGCCGGUGCGCUUCGCAGCUGCCAGUGAUUGCGCCACAGCUGGGCCGGAACGUGGUCGACCUGUUGCGCAUGUUCAACUCGCGCUGCUGCCAGCUGGUGCUGGGCGCGGGAGCACUACACGUGGCGGGGCUUAAAACCAUCACCAGCAGCAACCUGGCGCUGGUGUCACGGGCGCUCGAACUAGUCCUGUGGCUGUUGCCGCACGUAAAACGUCACUUCCGGGCGCUCGAGGGUGCGAGCGCAGUACCCGCGGGUGUAAACCACACUACCUCCGGAUCGGCGGCUGGCCCACUAACGAAUGGAGGAACGCAUCAGCCCACACCACCACCACCACCCACGAGUGCCUCCUCCUCCUCCACCACCACCACCUACUCGUCCAUUGCCGGGUACGAUUCGGUGGAGAAAGACUUCGUCAGCCACAUCAAGGAGAUCGAGAACAAGGUGCUGUCGAUCGUGUGUGACGUGGUGACGGGCCAGCUGAACAAUUGGGACGCCAGGCCGCCGGUACCGUCGCAACCGUUCCGCAACAUUAGCCGGCAGUUCGUGAAGCUGCACGAAGCGAUCGCACCGAUCCUGCCGGAGAAGCAGGUGCACGCCAUCUACCGGACGGUGCAGCGCAACUUUAAGGACAAGCUGCGGGAGCAGCUGCUCCGCAACAACAUCACCAACAAUGGGGGGCCCCAGCACGGUGUCGUCGUGUCCGAGCUGACGUUUUACAUGGAAACGCUGCGGACGCUGCGGGCGAUGCCGGUGGCCGAGCUGCACGACGAUACGAUGGACGAUAUUUGGUUAAAGUGAGGCGUGAAGCAUUCCAGCCUUUGGUGUUCGGGGAAAGCCCAAGGUAAAGAAAAAGGUUCAAGGGUUACUAUGAUAGGGAAACAGCGAAAAAGCGAGGGUUGAUUGAGCUUUUAGGUUUAGUUUGGCGCUUUUCGAUGGGCUUGCGCUCCCGGCCCCAGUGCAUUCAAAUGCUUUGCGAUUUUAUUUAUACACCCAGGCAUAUACACACACCCACACACUUCCGUUUUAUUGCAUGUGCACCACAUCCCCCCAUUGCGCUGGCAAAGCCACAUUCUCCUACCUUGCCAAAUGUUAUCGGUUGUGCGUAGUUUAUUGUGUAUAGCUGUGUAUUGUACGUUUGCGCUUUCUUGCUUCGCCAUUAUAGAUUUCUUGCUCACACACCUGCCUGGCCGUCAGCUGCUCUGGUGCUUUGCUUGGGCAUUUACUUUAAUAAGGCGACGAAUUUGCUGAGAACAGCCAGUAAAACAUCCUUUUAUUUAGUGGACGAUUAUUUACUUAAGGUAGUAGUACUGUACAGAGGGGCGCGCGUUACCUAACCAGGAUCAUUUCAUACCAAAAAGAAAAGCGCAGGGAACGCCUAGAGUAUUACGUUUCGGGGCCGUUGGCAGUGCUGCGGCAUUUGUAUUUCCUUCUCCCUUCUUCUAUAGCUUGUAGUGGUGAGAGUCAGCCUUCAAAUUACCCAAAUUUUGUUCCCAACCUUCCUGGAGGAAGCAGACAUUGUAGCAGACAAGAAGCUUCCUAUACACCCCAUACACACACACACUUCCACAGAAAGCAAAAGGCCAGUGGGCAAAUGUGCAAAAAAGACUGUGACCGUGUGCGCCCAGCAAGUGUCGAGCGUUGGAGUAAUAAGGGCGCGCCCCAACUAGCAUCAAAGAUGGCAAGAAUAAUAGAAUGUAAUCGAAAAAAACCAACCAUGCGAUAACGUUAGAACGCCGCAUCACCAACACCAACAGCUCACCAACUGCACCACCGCUAGGCCUCUCGGGCGAGAGUGGACGAGAGACAAGAAACGUUUAGAUAAUUUACUACAAUUGGAAACAACUACUAUUAAAGCAAAUAUUAAAGCCUGCAGCUGCUGCUAGAGCUACAUGCUACAUCGGGCAUUGUUCCGAUCCGUUCGUACCGGUUCGGUCUGGUAAGAUUGGCAGUUUGAGGAAGGGUUUGAAACAUUUAGGUAAUUAUAAUGACGAUACUUGCAGCAAACACAGGUGGAUUUAAUAAAGAAUAAAAUUGGCAGCUCAUGUAAGAAAAUGCG